CAUUCCUCUCUUUGUUUAUCUUAGACCCUAGACAUAUUCUCCACUUGAGGGAGUUUAUUCAUCAUGGGUAUCUCCAACUUUAUGUCCAGCAUCAAGAAUCCUGCGGAGGAGUCCCAGUUCUCCUCCCAGGCACCUACCCCUUCUCGUGCCGACUCGACUACCGCCGAGAAGGAUAACCUGACCAUUGAUGACAGCCCUGUCAAGUACUUAACAUGGCGCUCGUUCAUCCUGGGUCUGUGCGUCUCUAUGGGUGGCUUCAUCUUCGGAUACUCUACUGGUCAAAUCUCGGGUUUCACGACUAUGGAGGAUUUCAAGAUGCGUUUCGCCGAGUACAAUGCUGCUACGGGUGAAUACGCCUUCAGCAACGUCCGCAAUGGUCUCAUUGUCGGUCUCCUCUCUAUCGGUACCAUGAUCGGUGCCCUCGUGGCUGCCCCCAUCGCCGACAGAAUCGGCCGCAAGCUUUCCAUUUCCUUCUGGGCCCUUAUCCACAUCGUCGGUAUCAUUGUUCAGAUCGCCACCACCGACAAGUGGUACCAAGUUGCUCUGGGCCGUUGGGUCGCCGGUCUGGGUGUCGGUGCUCUUUCCAGCGUCGUCCCCAUGUACCAGUCCGAGUCCGCUCCCCGUCAGGUCCGUGGUGCCAUGGUCAGCGCUUUCCAGCUGUUCGUGGCCUUUGGUAUCUUCAUCUCCUACAUCAUCAACUUCGGUACCGAGCGCCUUCACUCCACUGCCUCGUGGCGCAUCACCAUGGGCAUUGGCUUUGCCUGGCCUCUGAUUCUGGGUAUCGGUACCCUGUUCCUGCCCGAGUCCCCUCGCUUCGCCUACCGUCACGGCCGUGUUGAGGAGGCCCGCAACGUCAUGGCCAAGCUCUACGGUGUCCCCACCAACCACCGCGUCGUCGCCCAGGAGAUGGCCGACAUGAAGCAGAAGCUCGACGAGGAGAAGGCCGUUGGCAACGCUCCCUGGCACGAGGUCCUCACCGGUCCCCGCAUGUUCUACCGUACCAUGCUCGGAAUUACUCUGCAGUCCCUGCAGCAGCUGACCGGUGCCAACUUCAUCUUCUACUACGGAACCUCCAUCUUCCAGGGUGUCGGUCUCAGUAACUCCUACGUCACCCAGAUCAUCCUCGGUGCCGUCAACUUCGGUAUGACCCUUCCCGGUCUGUACGUCGUUGAGCACUACGGCCGCCGUAACUGCCUGAUGGUCGGUGCCGCCUGGAUGUUCAUCUGCUUCAUGAUCUGGGCCUCCGUCGGCCACGAGGUCUUGCACGCCGACCCUACUUCCCACCCCGCCGGUAUUGCCAUGAUUGUCUUCACCUGCUUCUUCAUCGUCGGCUUCGCUACCACCUGGGGUCCCAUCGUUUGGGCCAUCUGUGGUGAGAUGUACCCCUUCCGCUACCGUGCUACCUGCAUGGGUGUUGCCACCGCCGCCAACUGGACCUGGAACUUCCUCAUCUCCUUCUUCACCCCCUUCAUUAACAGCGCCAUUGACUUCCGCUACGGUUACGUCUUCGCUGGCUGCUGCUUCGCCGCCAUCUUCAUCGUCUUCUUCUUCGUCAACGAGACCCAGGGCCGUACCCUCGAGGAGGUUGACACCAUGUACGUCCUCCACGUCAAGCCUUGGAAGUCCGCUAGCUGGGUCGCCCCCGAGGGCAUCGUGGCUGACCUCCACGCACCCCAUGAGCCCAAGGAGGGUGCUGGUGAGCAGCAACAGCACGAGUCUGCUGAGAUCCAGGAGUAA